AACAAGUUUUCGUUUUUUACAGAACUAGUUAUAUUUUGUUUUGUGGUUUCUUUUUAUAUUUUACUAAACUUGAAUUUGUUUUGGGAAAAUCAAGGAAAACCUAUCCUGAAUAUCACUUGUGUCAUAACAGAGCACUUAGUCAACUACUAGAUAUAAGUCACUUGUUAUCUUACACAUUCUUUGUCCUUACGUAUUGGUAAAUACCACGGGUAAAUACCUACCUGGAACAAUGACAAGUGUUACUUCUCGUUUCCUGGAUUUGAUUCGUCGAAAUCUUAAAUCAGAUGCUGUUCCGAGGCCCCCUCGUCCAAGUACAGAAGAGAAUGAAGUGCCUGAAGAAAAUCCCCCUUCAAAUGAUAGCACGGCUGACAAUGCUUCGCAGGAACCUGACGAAAUCUUGAUAGAAGAUAAUGAUAGCAAUACAGAAGAUGGACCAAAAGUGAAAAGUUCAUUUUUCAAAAAUAAGAAAAAGUCAGAUUUUAUGGGCUCAAAACCUAAGAGUGAAAAUAUUGAUCCUAAUAAGCCAGUAACAGUUAAUACUCAAGCAACGGGACAUGUUGUGACCAUAGUCAAUAGCAAAGGAACACACUGGGGCAACAAUUAUGUCUAUCAUCUGGGCUCCAAGAAGGCUACUGUGGAUGCUGACUCGGAUGAUGAAGUGAUACAGAAGGACAAUCUCAUUGUCUUGGUAUUAGAAGCUAAAGAAGAGAUUGAACAUGACUACCUAGAUUUCAUUGCAAAGAACUUAGGAAGAAAAUGGAAAAGCUUUUUCAGAAGUUUGGGCUACACAAAAGGAUCAAUAGAAACUUUCGAGCAUGAUGAAAUCAAAAAUGGAUUAGCUGAGGUACGCUACAAGAUCCUCUUGGAUUACCAGCGCAAUACUGAUGACCCUUCCCUUGGCUACCUAGCUAACAAACUGUGGGAAGAAGGUGAAAGGGAGGUGGUCAAAGGACUAUCUAUUAUUUAUAAGAGGAACAAAAAGAAAUUAUAAUCUACUAACUCUUGUGCGGGGAUACCCUCCCGUAGGAAUUUCAUUAAAAAAGUAGCCUAUGUUACUUCUUAAUGGUUUUUUUUUAUCUCUGUGUCCAAAUUUCGACAAAAUAGUUUUUGUUUUUUUUUUCGUUACAAACAAAAAUACAAUGUUAUUAUAUUAGUAUGGAUUUUUGUGAUAAAAAGCUAAAAGUACCUUAAAAAUAUAUUUACAUUGGAGCAGUUAAUAUGGCAAAAAAAAAAGAUAAUAGCAUUUAUUUACAAAAAGCAUUGCUCCAUUAUUAUUAUUCCAUUUUAUAUACAAUUUCUUAAAAAAAAAUUGGAGAGAUGAAUUAUUUGUUACAACAUAAAAGUACAUUCCUUUUGUAUUGAAAUUUUUAAAUUAGUUUUAAGAUAAACUUUAUUUAUAAUUAAAAACACAUUGUGUAAAGUGUAUAGCUAAACUAAUAUUCGUUCCGCAAUGUUACUUUUCUUUUUGAGAGUUAGUUUCAACUUUUGAUUGAGAUGUGCCUUUUAAGGAUAAAAAUUGCAUUGUGUAUAUUUAAAAUAGCGAAUUUAACGAUCACAGUUUUUUCUCUUUGCAUCCUUAGCUAUUCGCUCAUUACAUGAAAGCGGUACUCAAGAUUAAGCGGUUUUUACGCGGUUUGUUAUGCCUUAUAUUAUGUUAUAUGACCACUUUUAUAAGUAACCCUGAUGUACCUGCGCAAAAGGAAAAUUUUUGUAUAGCAAGAAAAUAUUGAGCCUAUCAGAGCACGCCAUUUGAACGAGCAAACUGAACUGUCUGCUAUCAUGAGAUAGCAGGAGAAAUUUUGUUUUUGGUUUUUAAGCUAACUUUAAUGUAGGUACUUGUAAUAAGGUGUAAAGGAAUAUUACCGAUGCGACUUAUAAAAGUGAUAGUAUUGUACUGUUUUUAAUGACCAGUUACUAUAUAUAUUAUUCAUAUUAUAUUUGGUCCAAGAUAUAUAUUAAGUUUUGAUGAUUAUACCUAUGUAUUAUGGUUAAAAUAUACGACAAUACCUAAUUAUAAGAUAUUUUGUUAGGUUUAAGAAAUUACUUUUAUGCAAUUUUUAUUAAAAAUCACUACUUUAGUCAUUAUAACGACUGAUAUUGCAACAUCAUAUUUACCAAGAUUAAAACAUCACAAUUAUUCAAAACAUUGUUAACAAAUUAAUUUAUUAUUAUAUGUACAUAUAUUCUAGUCAUUAUAUAAAUUUAUAUCACGGUUGCAAUUAGUAAUGAAUUUUAAUUGUUUCAAUAUUUGACAGUUCU